CAGGAUAAACUCGGGGCACUAGUGACACGCCUCCGUCCUUGACAGGAAGCUAAGAUGGCGGCCGCCGUGGUGAGGAGUCUGGGCUCCACCUUGGGUAAAAACCUCCGAGAGAUCCGCCUGCACCUCUGCCAGACCUCCGCGGCCAGUAAAGGGGCCAGAGACUUCGUGGAGCAGAACUAUGUGACCCUGAAGAGGUCCAACCCGGAAUUCCCCAUCCUGAUCCGGGAGUGUUCUGGAGUCCAGGCCCGGCUCUGGGCCCGAUACGGUUUCGGGAAAGAGACGAGUGUCUCCGUGGAGAACAUGUCAGCUGAUCAGGUGGCCAAAGCUCUGCAGACUCUGGCUCAGUCCAAGCCCUGACCCCCGUCUGAGCCCGCAGUGGUUCAGUCCAUCCACUCACCUGUUUUUGUUUCUGUAAAUGUGCUGAUGUGAAUAAAGUGAACAUGUGAACGUC